AUAGCUGUAUAAGUGACUGUAUUGAUGCGUCUUGUUACUGUCGGAAUUUUACACUUGAAUUAAAUAAAAUAGUGUUAUUAAUUAAAAUAAAUAAACUAUAUUAAUAUUAUUUUAAAAUAAUAAAUAAAAGUUUAUACCUACAUGUUAAUACAAGCUACAUAUUAAAUGAAUACUAAGUAUUUAUAAAAAAUAAAAAAUAAAUAAUGUGACAUUUUUAUUGUCUUAUUUUCAAAAAAUAUACACAAGUUAAUUUUUUUUUUUUUUUCAAUAAAAUUGAUAAUUAUAAAUGAGAAAGAAAAAGAUAAUCAGUGCAGCAUGUUUGACAUAAAUAUAUUGUAAAAAUAAUCAUUGAUCUAAUAUAAAGACAUAAUUGAUUAAUUUUUGUUGAAAAUCAAGUGCCAUAUUUUGAAGGUUAACUUUAUCAUAAACUUGGCUAAUUUAAAAUAGAACAAAAUACCUAUAUAUUAAAUUAUAUUAAGUUGAGUGAUAUAUAUUUUUUGUAUUAUUUAUUCUAUGCAACAGUUUGCUUUUAUCUAUUUUUUAAUUAGUGAUGAAUAAUAAGGAAUGAGUAAGAAGGAAAAAAAAUAAUAAUUGUGAUGAGUUAGUUGAAAUUAGUAGGAGACACAUUAACAUUUAAAACAAAAACAACAGUUAAUAUUUAAAUUGAUUCUUUAAUUAUUAUUAAGCCAACAAAAUAUCAAGACAAAUAAUUUGUUAAUCAUGGCUGCACAAUUUGAUCAGUAUGACAAAGCCAGUUGGUAUUUUGGUGCAAUGUCACGUCAAGAUGCAUCUGAUUUAUUGAUGGGUGAAAAAGAAGGUGGAGUUUUUUUAGUACGUGACAGUACAUCAAUACAUGGUGAUUUUGUAUUAUGUGUUAGAGAAGACAGUAAAGUCAGUCACUAUAUUAUCAAUAAAAUUCAACAGGCUGAUCAAAUACGUUAUCGUAUUGGUGAUCAAAUAUUUCCAGAUAUACCAAAUUUAUUGGCAUUUUAUAAGUUACAUUAUUUAGAUACAACACCAUUAAUUAGACCAGCACCCAAAAAAGUACAAAAACUUAUUGCAAAAUAUGAUUUUGAAGGAAAUGAUCCAGAUGAUUUGCCAUUUAAAAAAGGUGAAAUAUUGACAAUUGUAACUAAAGAUGAAGAACAAUGGUGGACAGCAAAAAAUAAUCUUGGACAAACUGGAUUAGUACCAGUACCAUAUGUUCAAAAAUAUGAUGAGGAUAGUUUAAUAAUUACAGAAUUAAAUAAUACUAGACAAGAUACAUCAAGUAGUGGUAGUUCAUCAGCAUCAAAUUCAAUACCAAUAGUAGUACCACCAUCACAAGUAGAUACACCACAACAACAACAACAAGUAACAUCACGUCGUUCAAAUAUACAAAGAACAUUACCAGCAUUUGCUAAAGUUAAACAAGCACGUGUACCAAAUGCAUAUGAUAAAACAGCACUUAAAUUAGAGGUUGGUGAUAUGAUUAAAGUUACUAAAACAAAUAUUAAUGGUCAAUGGGAAGGUGAAUUACAUGGUAAAAUUGGUCAUUUUCCAUUUACUCAUGUUGAAUUUGUUGAUAAUGAGACUGUCGAUGAUAAUCAAGAUAUUUAAAGACAUUAUUUCUGCUUUUUUAAAAAAUUAUUAUUAUUAUUAAACAGUAAUUAGCUAAUUAAUUAUUCUGUCAUCAUUAUAUUAAUAAUAAUAGUAAUAACAAAAAAAAAUUAAAAGAGAAAUAGAAAAAUUAAUAAAACAUUAAUGCAAUAAAAAUUAUUAUCAUCUUUGUGUAUGGGUUGUUGUUACCAAAACUAAAGACAAACAUUGAUUUGAUAAUUUAAAAAAAGAACAAAAAAAGAAAAUAAUAAUAAACGUAUAAUAUUUAUAAAAUAAUAAUUAUAUUUUUAUUUUAUUUUAUUAAUUUAAAAUAUUAAUGUAAUAAUAUUUAGAAAUAUUAGCGUGGAUUUUAAUCAAUGUACAGAAAUUCCAUGUCGAUAUAAUUUAUAUUUUUUAAUAAUCAUUGCAAGAUAAUAUUUAGUUGAGAUAUAUAUAUUCAGAAUAAUAAAUACUUGGCCAUUGGAGAUCUUCUUUUUUUCUUUUUCCAAACGAAAAGAAGACUUAAAAAAAAAUAAAUAAAUAUAUAAACUUAUAAAUGUAUAGUAGUUUGUUGUCUUCAAAGCCUUUUUUUUUUGGCUUUUUGCCAUUAAAAUGAGAUGUCCUGUAUGAAAUGGAUUAGUUUAUUUUUUUUUCAACAAGUUUAGCUUGUCUUUAGACGAAAAAUUUUAUUAAAAAACAGUUAAUUUAUAAUUUGUCAUUUUAUUUUUAUUAUCAAUUUGAGAUUAGAUAAUUUCAUUGGAUUGUAAAUAAAAAAAAUAAAUUAUAAUGACUUGCUUACACAUUUUUAAUGACGCACAAUAUGCUAACAAAUAAUUUAAAAAUAAAUAAAUAUAUUUACCCAUUUUACUAUGUUUUUUUUUUUUUAUUCUAAUUUUUAAAAGUAAACUUCUAGUCACAUUUAAGUGAUUGUUUUUUUGUGCAGGGUGUCUCACACUGCUGGUUUAAAAAUGAAAUAUAAAUAUUUAAAAAUUAAUUUGAAAUCAACAAGUCUCAAAAUAAAAAAAAAAAAAUUAGAAUAAAAUUAAGAAAAAAAAUUUAAACUUCCAGAAUUAAUGGCCUCGAUAUAAUAAUAAUUGUAAUAAAAAAAAAAAACAAUGUAAUUUAGUUUAUCAAUCAAAUAUGUAAUGUUAAUUAAUUCAUUUUUUUUUUUUUUUUCCAUUUUUCUUCUUCAAAAUAGAACAAUAUAUUUUUCACUUAAUAUUACAAUAAAUGUGUCAAAUUUUUAAUCCAAAUUUCCUGUAGAAAAAUUUAAUUUAACUAAAAAUUAUUAAAAUAGAUUUUUUAUAUUUAAAUAUAAUAAAUGAAAUAUCUA